AUGAGCAAUCAGAUCCAAAAAACUGGCCGUACACAACGUGCCAAGCGCGUCACCCGCGCCUGUGAUCCUUGCCGCAGGAAAAGGCUCUACGAUGCUGAAUGCACCUCACACGACCAGGGCCGACGCCCUUAUCAGCGACCGGCCCGCGACUUGACCACUUCCGACCGUCCCAUCCAAGCCGAGAAGUCGGUUUGUACGCCGCCUGCGGAGGAUACAGGUAUGAAGGUUCCGAUGGCCUCAGAUGUGGAGUCAGAAGUCACUUGUAGCAUCAACGGCACUGCAAGCCACAUUGGUGCGUCAUUGACCCCAUGGUCUCAGGAACAAGAGCUUUCUGAACUUGCACCUGCUUCUGAUGAUUUUGAUUCCCCGUUGCGUCAACUUGGCAUUGGUUUUUCCUCGGGGUUCUGGGGUAUAGACAGAACAAUCUCCGGCGGUCUACCAAGCCUGGCCCUUCCAGAGUCAGCGAGUCUAAGCGAUGGGUUCCGAAUGGACCCUGGGAUACCAACCACUAGCUCAGAUCAGAUUUUAAGCUACUCCCCAAAGGUCUCAUCCUCGGCAAGGCAAUAUGACAAUUUGGAUCGUGGUAGAGUUUCCAAUAUCUGCACAUUGACACAGAAUAAUGGGGAUAAUGUUCAUUUUCAAACCUCUGUCCCGGGCAUGUUUGUUCGGAAGAACGAGGUUGAUGCCAAUUAUCUUGGGUUUAAUUCUAUUGGUGCUACUCUGGCUAUUUGUUUGAAAGAUGCCCUUGAGUUUCAGAAUCUCCCCCUCACGUCUUCCUCUCUUCGUUUCCUCAUCGAAGCCGGCCCUCAUGUAGACGAAGUCGGACUUUCAUCAAUGGUGGAUUUGUCGUUGUUUCAUCUCCUCCCCCGAGAGAUUGCUACACAAGCAGUUGAAGGUCUGCUGGCCCUAACUCCGUUUGUGGGUUCGGUCGUUUAUCAUUUCUAUCACGGCAAGGCCGGAAUCGCCUGGAUUUUUUGUGGCUUAGCCAUUCGUGUCGCUUUAGCUCUAGGCCUGCAUCGAAAAUGUCCACCGGAGAUGGACAUGACGGACAGCCAGCAUAACCUUCGUUCUCGGCUAUGGUGGAUUGUUUUCAGCCUAGAUGCCACUUUGUCACUGUCUCAAGGCCGGCCUCCGGGGAUUGUAGAUGCCACCUACGAAAUUUCACCAGUCACUACAAACCGAGAGGAUAACGAUACAAACGAUGGCUCUCUUCAAGGAUUGCCACGGAUAUACACGUGGAUGCGCGGCCUGAGUCAAAUCCAGAAUCGAUUCUGCCAUGCCAUGCAUGUGAAUUCCACCUCUGCAGCUAGGCUAGACGCCCUCUUGCGGAUAACGAACGAGCUUAUAUCGUGGAAGGACAGUGUUCCUUUAGAAUGCCGUCCCGGUGAUCUGAUCUUAGCCUCCCCGGAACUGUAUGCUAAUAUCAUGCUCAUACACCUGGAGUACUUUAAUAUGUCCCGCGUGGUUCAUUGGACAAUAUUAAGGCUUCGUUCGACACUCGGCGGGUGGCUCGGGGUUCAUGAUCAGCAGAACCGGGCGAGUGAGAUGUUGUGCGUUGAGGCAGCACGAUCUUUUAUUAAAACUCUGAACGAGUAUGCAAAGGCCCUUGCUUUGGUAGCGGUCGCAUAG